CACAUUUUGUAAAAUUUGUUAUUCUCUUCAUCUAUUUACUCUGUUAUUUUUGCUGUCAAUAAUUCACUUCAAUAAAAACAAUUUCUUUUCUACACAAGUUUUUAGAUGUGACUAUAUUGAGAAAUUAAUUUAUCUAUUUCAUUUAAAUACAGUACGGAUUGUUAAAGGGAAAAAAAUGGGUGCAUUAACAAGUAGGCAAAAUGCUGGUGUCGAAGAAGCUGAUGUGGUUUCAAAUCAUGCCUAUAAAUAUCCUCCUCGAUCGGGUAAUUACUUUGGCAGCCAUUUCAUAAUGGGUGGUGAAAGAUUUGAUACUCCACAGCCUGAAGCUUAUUUAUUUGGAGAGAAUGCCGACUUAAAUUUUCUUGGUAGCCGGCCUACACCUUUCCCUUAUCCACCACCACAGUCAAAUGAACCAACUAAGACCCUUAAAAGUCUUGUGAACAUUCGUAAAGAGUCUCUGAGAUUUGUACGAUGCCCUGAGCCAGUUGGAAAGCUAGCAGACAACAAAAUCAGCGAUGGAGUGAUGAAGUCAGCUGAUAGUAAUGGAAAGGGGACAUAUUACAACAUUGAAUUCACAUUUGACUGCGAUGCUAGAUGUGCUAUAACAAUUUUUUAUUUCUGCACUGAGGAAGUGACACCAGCAGGAGUUGUAUAUUACCCACGUGACUCUACAAUGACAUCACAAACAUAUCAUUACAAAAAAGGCGCCAACCAGCAGUUCUGUCAAAUCUCACAUGUUUUUGAUCCAUCCAAACAUCCAGAGGAGGAUCUGCUAUACAAUGCUGAUAGGGAGAUUAUUCCCAUUGCUAUUUACUGUGUUGUUGAUGAGGGACAGGAAGAAAUACGACAAUCACACACUACAAUAGCAGUUGUAGAGAAGCACUCAGAUGGCACAUAUGUGCUAAAGGCACUGAAGCAAAAACUGUUUGUGGAUGGACUGUGCUACCUACUGCAGGAAAUAUACGGCAUUGAAAAUAAGAAUUUGGAUACCAAGCCGAGCUCCGACGAGGAGACGGAGGACGGCGGGUCGGAGUGCGUGAUCUGCAUGUGCGACGUGCGCGACACGCUGAUCCUACCGUGCCGCCACCUGUGCCUGUGCAACUCGUGCGCCGACUCGCUGCGCUACCAGGCCAACAACUGCCCCAUCUGCCGCGCGCCGUUCCGCGCCCUGCUGCAGAUUCGUGCGCUGCAGCGUGCCGCCGAGCCGGCCGCCGCGCCGGCGCCCGGCGCCGCGCCGCCGGCCGGCCUGGAGCACGUGCCGGCCGGCUACGAGCCCGUGUCGCUGCUCGAGGCGCUCAACGGGCCGCACCCCGCGCGAGCACUGCCCGCCGCGCCGCGCCACGCGCCCGCCAUCGCCAGCCCCGACACCGACACCGCCUCGCAGGCGGCGGAAAUAUUAAAUCGUUGCAACCUGGAGCGCAGCUCGUCCACAAGCCUGGGCAGUAGCGGCAGUAGGAAAGCCAAGAGUGGCUCCAAGGAUGACAUCAAAAGCGCCCGCGACAGGUCCGUGGCGCACGCGGUCACACCUGAGUUCCGCAUGUCGGUGUUACUGGCGCGGGAGGAGGAGGCCAAGCGCGCUGAGGAGAAAACCGCUGCCAAUAGUCCCCUGCUCUACAACCACAAGAAUACAAAUGGCACUGAUAAAAUCUCCAAAUCAUCUUUAAGCUUGGAGUAUCCGACGGACGUGGGGUCGGCGCAGGACGGCUCGUGUUCGGAGGACGAGGGCUCGCUGCGUGCGGACCACUCGCCGGCCGCCGCCGGCCGCCCGGACGCCGGACAUGACGUCGACCCUGACGGCGAGCCGGACAUCGACCCGGACGCCGAGCCGGACAGCGACGCCGAGCGACUCUCUCCAUUGCUUACUCAAUUGCCUUCCAAUGGGGUAUUGAAAAGCAGCAGCCUACGCACAUCGCCGUGCCCGACGAGCGCUGGCACGCGUGGGUGCUCGGCGUGCUCGGCGUGUUCGGCGUGCUCGGCGUGCUCGGCGAGCGGCGCGUGCGGCGCGCUGCGGCUGUCGGCGCCGGCGCUCGCGCACAUCGACGACACCGACACCGACGAGCCCGACCACCCGCACAACUCGAGCGGCCCCGAGCCGCGGCCGGGCGCCGAGUCGCCGGCGGUGGCGGACGACUCGGACUAUUUCACGCCCGAGGACACCAACACGACCAUACUGACCGUACCUAAGCACAAGCUCGAGAAUGGUAACAACGUAGCGGAGUGCGCCCCGCAACGCUGGGCCCUGCCGCACCAUGUCACCUCACUGCCCGGAACGCCACUUAGCCAGUCGAGCGUACGGUCGUCGGGCGACUCGUACAGCUCGACGUCGUCGACGCGGCAGCUGCUGGCGCCCGCGGGCGCUCCGCUAGCGGCCGACCCGGCUUGCUAGCGCUCCGCCCCCGCCCGCGCUCGCCCGCAUCAACGCUCUGCGCCGCUACCUCACCGACCCAGGUGUAACAACGUCGCUUACCCUCUACCCCCUUAUUGAUACACCCUCGUAUACAAACUGCUUCCACCUGGUGACGAUUUGAUCUGCUAAAUUGAUAAGACCUUUUUAUGUAGAAAAAUAUAAUGAAGUAAUACAUAAUAAUAAUUAUAAGCACGAAUGUUUGAAGUAUUAUUGUCAACUUUACUUAUAUUUUCACAUAGAGAAAAGAAUGGGCUAGAAUCAUAUAUGGGCUAGAAUAAGAAUCGCUAGAAGAAAUCUCUUCGCAGCAUCUUUUCAUAUAGCCAACAUUAAACCAUUGGCUAUAUUAAAAGAUUGAUUGAAACAUUGGUGACCACAUUAAGAUAUUCAAAUUUCAGAGGGAGACUUUGUACAAAAGUCGAUUGCUUGGGUACCUCUGUCCCAUUCGUGUUUCAAUCGUGAAGCAGUUGUAUUUGCAUGGCUGUGUUUCGGUUUGAAAGGUGGGAUAUGGCGUGAAUUUACUGGGUACAGAGGAAUAACAUCUGAGUCCUCAGGAAUGGUAACACAUGGGGGAGGGGGGGUUAUCAUGGGCGAAACAGUAUACUGUUAUGUCCAUGGUACUGCUCAUGUCUAUAGGCGACGGUUCCACUGUCCAUCAGUUGGGCCGUCAGCUUGUUUGCCAUUCUAACUUGUAUAAAAAAAAAAUUCUCUAUACUUAGUACAUUCAACUUCCAGCAGCAAUACUUCCGAACAGAUACGACAACGUAACCUUCAAAAAAAGAGUAUAUUCCUUUUUAAAAGGCCGGCAGUACACCUGCAAUGCCGCUGGUGUUGUGGGUGAUCGUAGGCGGCGGUAGUCACUUACCAUCACGUGAGCCGCAAGCUUGUUUGCCCCUUGUGUUGUUAAAAAAAACAUCCUAUUGUAUAUAUUAAACUAAAUUGAGCUUUAUUAUGUUUAUUCAAUUCCCGCGUUAAUAUUAUUGAGCUAUAUAAGUAUGUAUGUACGCAAUAGUGAUUGAUGAUUAUUGAUAGAUCUAUAGGUGUCUAUCAACGUUGCUGAUGUUGACUGCAGUUUAACAUAUAGGCAACAAAUAUAAAAUUAAUUUUAUCUUAUACAUGAAUCUUAAGUUUGUAGCGGUGAUUAGUGGCUAAUUCAUUUCUAAUGCGGUGUACACACGAGGUGCGUGAUAUUUGCGGACGAUCUCUAUUCGUGUAUUAAUGUUAGCAAUAUGUGAGCCGUAAAUGUUUAAUAUUUAUAAAGCUUUUAUUUGAAUUAAUUAUAAAUUUAUAAAUCUUCGUUUUACACUACACAACACAGCAUAUUUGUUGAUUAGGAUUGCGCAUUCCACAUAAUAAAUAUAUUUGGUCAUGUACACACUUGGCCAGGCCAUGAAAAGCAAUUUUUAUGAGUGUAAUUUCUAUUGUUUCUAAUAAAUUACUAAUUAUAUAAAUUAAUACUUUUAAUUAAUUAAUAAUUAAAAGUAUUAAUAUAAACCUACGUGGUUUUUGAAACAUAAUUUCUAUAAUUCUGUAUUUUUGUGAUAAUAAAAUUAAAAAAAAAAUUGCGAUUGUAUGCCGAUAAAUAUGUCCAGAGCAGGAUAAAUGAACGACGGUUGACCGUUAAUAGCAAUAAAUAGGUUUUCAUAAAAUAUUGUUUAUGGCUAAAUGUAUUUGUGACAUAUGGACAUGUCAUUCAUUGUAUGAAUUGUAUUAUUGUUUAUGCAUUAAUAAUUUUUUUGCUGCUUCGUCCACAACAUUUAUAAUUCUGAUGUUUAUAUUGUGAAAUGAAAACAUUUUUCAAGUCUGAAGCUGAUAUGAAUAAAGAAAUGUAUGUAUGCUAGUCAUUCUGAUAUUGGAAUUGAAAGUUUGAGUAAGAUUGUAGUCGCCAAUGCCUGUUCUAGCUAUUUUGGCUCCACAGGCAAAAUGAAUAUUUGCCAUCAUUUAUGAUUUGCUAUUUAACUUGCUGUGAACUUGUGUUGCCGUUCUAAGCAUUUACUCGAUUGGUGCUCCCCUGGAUCGAGCCUUGGUAUUUAUCCUUAAACAACUAUAUGGAUUCAUAUGUAUUAUUUACAUAGACUUUGUCAUAUGGUAUAUAUAGCUUUUAUCCUUGUAAAUAAUUUUAAUAUUCUGGGAAAAAAAAUUGUUAAUAUGUUUGAUAUAAGUGUGAUUUGAUGUCUUAUAUAAAAUUAAAUAACUUAUUAGUAAUUUAUAACAUAAUGUUAUUAUAUUAAAACUAUAUUAUCUGCAAUGAUGUUCAUUUUAUAUGAUAAAAGUUAUAUUUAAUUUGUUUUUAUUCUCCAAGCCUUGUAAAAAAAUGCUACAUAUUAAUAUAUUAUACUAAAAUGAUUAAUUAAAAAGAAAUUGUACAUAAUUAUCUAGAGGUAAAGAAAUUAUUUAUGAUAUUGUAUUCAAAAUAAGGUGUAGGUUGUUUAUAAUGAUUGUAUGAAAAUAGACUGAUAAGAACAUUCCUUGACAUUGUUAUUGAAUCUCAAGUAUUAUAAUAAAUUAAUCAAAAAACUA